AUGACAAAGUGAAUCUACAGCGGUGAAGAUGAGAAGAAAUGGGAGAAAAAGAAAGAGAAAAGGUGGACAUGGAUUUACCUUGUCUCUGUCCACACGAUUUUUAUUUAAUCUUGUACUGUGCUACUGACAGAUGAGAUAUGGAUCAGCUUUAUCGAUCCAUGGUGAAUUCAUGAAAAUCUCUCUGUCACUCUCUCUCUCUCUCUCACCUCUCUCUUAUUUUCUCCAAAAGGCCCUCGCCCUUUAAACUACUUUCUGUUCCUUCCCUUUCAUUUUCUUCACUGACAUUGGAAUACCUGCACACUUCCUCACGCACGCACGCAUAUUCAAACAAAAUACACAUCAUCUCCCCCCUUUGAAAUACCAUUACAUACCACCCCACCCCACCCUCACCCCCUACCACAAUAGCCAUAGGGGACGCUGCAGAGUUCAGAGAGAUCAGACCCCCAACCUCAGAUUUUUCUGCCUAUAUCAUACCUUAAUAUUAUUUCGCCUUUUCCUCCUGCCCACUCAACUCAUUGAUUAAUCAAAUCCCCAUGAAACCUAACAACACUCCAUCCCUCUUCCCCCAAUCCCCCUCUCUCUCUCUCUCUCAUCAAUCAUCCACCACUUUGUUUUCUUGCCACAAACAUCUAUAUAAAUAUUCCUAAUAGUUAAAAGCUACUCCUUUACAUGCACAGAUAGGGUAGAAUGGAUACUCAGCUUUUCCUUGAGUUUCUUUGGUAAGCCUUUUCGAUCUCAUUUUCCUAUUAAGUUAAUUUGUUUGUGAGAAAUGGAGAGCUACGAAGCAUUACCGCCGGGGUUCAGAUUCCACCCGACCGAUGAAGAGCUGAUAACCUACUACCUUCUCAAGAAAGUUCUAGACUGCAACUUCAGCAGCAGAGCCAUCGCCGAAGUCGAUCUCAACAAGUCCGAGCCGUGGCACCUUCCAGGCAAGGCGAAGAUGGGGGAGAAAGAGUGGUACUUUUUCAGCCUCCGCGACCGGAAGUACCCGACCGGGCUGAGGACGAACCGGGCGACGGAGGCGGGCUACUGGAAGGCCACCGGCAAAGACCGCGAGAUUUACAGCUCCAAGAGCUCCUCGCUAGUCGGGAUGAAGAAAACCCUAGUUUUCUACCGUGGAAGGGCCCCCAAAGGAGAGAAGACUAACUGGGUCAUGCACGAGUAUCGCCUCGAAGGAAAGUUUGCUUACCACUACUUGUCCCGAAAUUCCAAGGGCGAAUGGGUGAUUUCUCGAGUGUUCCAAAAGAGCGGCGUCGGCAGCUCCGGCGGCAAGAAGAGGCCGAUCUCAAACCCUGAAGUGAGUUCGGCGUCGUCAGUCUCCCUGCCGGCGCUGCUGGAGCCUUCCACGGCCUCCACCGACCGCGAGAGCUGCUCCUACGACGGCGGGAUUGCCAACACCAAGGAGCACGUGCCCUGUUUCUCCACUUCCACCACAGUAGCCGGUUUCAACCACAACUCUCUCCUUCAGCAGCUGCCGCCGUCGUGUGUGAAUCCGUUACUGCUUCAGGACACCUCGUCGUCUUAUGCUUCCUACUGCUCGAGGCACGGCCUCGGAGUGUCUGCGUUUCCGAGCCUGAGAUCGCUCCAGGAGAACCUCCAGCUGCCCUUCUUCUUCGCACCGCCGCCGCUGCCCGUGCAAAGCGGCGGCGAUCAAAUGUCUGGCACUUACGGAAAUGUUGCGCGGUGGGCGGCGCCUGAGAGUCAGAAAGUGGAAGCGAGUGAGCUCGAUUGCAUGUGGAGUUACUAAUGCGGAAAUCCUGACCUACAAGUUUAGCUUAUAUCAAUAAUUUGAGUAGUCGCUGCUGAUGAGAAACAUGUGCGACCUUUUAUUUCGCUAUUCUGUUGGUACUUUUGGUUUGGACUCAAAGACUUAUUGAUGUUGUAGUUUCAACCUGUAGAAACAUUAUGUUAAGACCUAGUAUUGUUUAACUACCAUGACGUAUUAGUUAAUGUCGAGUGCUUAAACUUUUAUCUAUCUUGAAUCCUAUUUCCGUCCCUAUGAACUUUUUUAUAAUUUUGGAC